AUGGGGGGCAAACGCGGCCGGGCACUGCAGGCAGAAGUGCGCGAGCGGCGCAAGAAGGGCACGUGCAUUAAGAGUGGCCUCGGUGAGCUGGGCGAUUUGGACGCAGCGCCUCCACCGCUAACUCGUGCCCGUGCAGAAGAGAAGCCCGCCACCGAUGAGCCGAAGUGUACUGCCACGAAAGAUGCUGGCAGCAAGGCGACGGCGACGGCGGCAGUUGCGACCGUUGCACUGAAUGAAGGGGAGGACCUGUUCUCUUCCGCGGAUUUCUCAUCUCCCCCGUCUACCUGCGGCACGCCAGCGAGUGUGUUUGGACACGGCUGGGGGGAGUGGCGGCGUGUGAAGCAGCUGCUAUUCCACUCACAGGACGGCCCGGACGCGACGGGUGCGAGACGCAAGGCGCUUGAUCGCAUUGAGCUCGUCUGGCAAGCACGUGCACGCAAGCACCGACCGCUCCCCGCCUACGUGGAGUCCACGGCGCUGUUGAUGGAGGCCGUUGCACUGGACGAGGCGGAUCGUCUCUCAGCGUCGGCUGCCGUCGCGCUUUACGGCGCAUCCAUCUCUCGUGCGGUGCAUCUCAUGACCGGCAGCUUCGCCCGGGGCGCGGAUGACACGUACCGCAGGCGCGCACGCACGAUCGGGUUCCCGGAGGAGGCGGUAGAGGUGCGGCAGCGCGUGGCGCAUGGUGCCCUCCCGCUGCUGUCAGAGCUGCGCUGGGUCUGCGGGCUUGUGCUGCAGUUCCUCUUCCAGCACUACUGGGUCGAACAGGAGCACCACGUGCGCCUCUUGGAGGAGGAGGAGGAGGAGGAAGAAGAGAGGGAGGGGGAGGAGCCACCGCAGAGCGCGACGGUGGAGGAAAUGCGGCAGCUUCUGGAUGAACUCAGCGACGACACGAAUGAACGUGCGGAUAUGAAGGCCCCUGCUGAUGGUGGGAGUCAUGUGGAGGUGGUGCAGGAUGGCUGGAGGCUGUGCUGA